AUGGAAGAUUACGAAAAAAUUACGGUUGUUGGACGUGGCGCGCAUGGUGUUUGCCGGUUAUGUCGACGUAAAGACGAUGUUUUUGGGCAAAAAGUUAUCGUUAAAACGAUUUCACUGGAUGGAUUAACACCUGAAGAAGAAACUGCUAUUAUGGGUGAAGUGAUGCUAUUGAAACGACUUCAUCAUCCUAAUAUUAUUGGUUACUAUGAAUCUUUUAGGACUGAAAAUGCCUUAUCAAUAGUCAUGCAAUAUGCUGAAGGCGGAACUAUGAGUCAAAUGAUUUCGGAACAGAGUAAGAAAGGAACGAGUUUUCCAGAAUCGACAGUUCUUAAUUAUUUCACUCAGGUCGCCAUUGGCUUAGAAUAUAUGCACUCUAAGCAAAUUCUCCAUCGUGACUUGAAAACUGAAAAUAUUCUUUUGAAUAAAAAAAGGACAAUUGUUAAAUUGGGCGAUUUUGGUAUUAGUAGAGAAAUAAGUACAUUUAGCUUAGCAUCAACGCUUGUUGGUACACCGAAAUAUCUCUCACCAGAGAUAUGUGAAGGUCGAUCGUACAACCAAAAAAGUGAUAUAUGGGCGCUUGGCUGUGUUCUAUAUGAGCUUUGUGAACUAAAAAAAGCAUUUGACGGCGAUAAUAUACCAUCUAUUGUCAUCAAAAUUAUACAAGGAAAAUACGGAUCAGUAAGCAGUCAUUGGUCUUCUGAGCUUCAUACUUUGAUCAAGUCAAUAUUGGAUGUGAAUGAAAAAACAAGGCCUUUAUUGAAAGAUUUGUUAACUUGUCCACUAAUUCUGCCAGUUUGUUUAUCAAUCAAUCUAGAUCUUGGUUCGCUACCAGCGACUUCGAAUAAAAAAGUUCAACUCGGAAAAUCUAACAGUAAAAUUCUCCGAACGCAAGCCGUAUCAUCUCGAUAA